UACACAUUCAUGCCUCAUAAAUUAGUAUCAACACCUCCGUAAGCGACUGAGGUUUCCAAUUUCAAAAUAGACCCCUCGCACAGCGCUUGCAACACGGUGGAGCCCACUCCCCGCUGAGCCAAUCAGGGCACAGAGUACUGAAGCGCCGUCCAAUCAGAACACACGAUUCCCCCUUCGAUCACAACGCUCCCAACAUGGCUGCCGCUGUACAGUGAAGGCUCAGGAGUGGGUAUACCUUUGUAAUUGAGAGGAUUACAAAAAAAAACCCCACACACAUUUCAGAGGAUAUCAACAAGGACCUGAACAUAAGAGAAGACCUCUACAUGAGCGUCGUGAAGACGAUCCAUGUGCUGCAUCUGAGAUAAGGUUUACCCUCCAAGCAAAAAAUCCCACCUCCCAAAGUUCCCUGCUUCUCUCUGCCGGUCCCUGCAGGUGUGGGCGUGCCUCCUGUCACACUGGCAGAAGAGACGAGGCACGAGGUGUUGCCGGGUGGGGGAUCAGGGCUACACCCCCCCUGCCUUCUCCAUCUUCCUCCAGUCACAUCUGAACCAAUUGAUCUUCAGCUUCCAUCGGCGGUGGGCCGCGCGAGAUUCGGCCAGGCGUGUUGCGUUUGACAGGGUCUGCCAGCUGGCCGGUUGAGGAGCAGAGCAUGUGGAGUGGUUGUGGUUGCCAUGGAUCUGCAGGAUAAGAAGCAGGAGGAGGAUGCCCUGACCCUGGGCCUGUCCACUGGCCAGGCUCUGGUGAAGCUCCAGGACCAGCUCAGCAGCUUGUUGGAGCAGCACCAGAGGGCUGCACACAGACGAACCUCUGCACAGGAAAAGUGGGUGAAUAGCUUCCUUUACCAUGGCAACCGUCACUCCUGCCUUCAUUGGCCGGAAGCUGGGCUCACUCUACUCGUGGUGUUGGGACUCAUAUGUUGCUAUGGCAGCCAGCCAAAGGGCAGUUCUGGUAUAGAGCUGGUGAACGCUGCAGCCCUCCUCCUCCUCUUCGUGCUGAACCUACUGCUGGUCGGACGUCAGGAGAGGCUUAAACGGAGUGAGAUGGUCCGGCGCCUCAAGGGCAUUAUAACACAGCUCAGUGACUAUCUGUCAGGGUGUGUGGAUGAAGUGCGGUGGUCUCUGUCUCUGUACCCUGACCUUCAUACGCCGUCCUCUACGUCGUGGUCCCUUCACUGGACCUACCGGGACUCCCAGCUGGUAAAUUUGCCUGUUAGUCUGCUGGUGGAAGGAGACAUCAUCGCUCUGAGACCUGGUCAAGAGGCAUUUGCAUCACUCAGAGGCAUUAAGGAUGAUGAACACAUUGUAUUGGAGCCAGGAGAUUUAUUUCCCCCAUUCUCGCCACCUCCUUCCCCACGGGCCAAUGAGAAGCGAGGACCCCAGAACCCCCAGCAACACCGCCUCUUCAGAGUGGUCCGGACUCCGGUGCUGGACACAGUCAGGAACAGUUUGGAGUUGGCACUUUCUCGGCCGAUCACAGUUCUAGAUAACGAGAGGUUUACAGUGCAGUCAGUCAUCACAAAGAUAGUCUGUCCUGUGGUGCUGGUGGCGUUCCUGCUAGUGAACACUGUCCGCUUCUUUUGUGACACACCCAGCCUCACCCCUGCCUGCUUCAAUUUCUUUCAACUUCAGUUGAUGGGUGUUCUGCCCAUCUUGCCCCUGCUCUUCCCUGUGAUGUGGGUGCUGGUGAACGCUUUCGGGGAGGCCAGGGUCCUGUCAGAGUUCAGCCGGGUGUCACCAGCUGGUCUGACUCUUCUCUUGCCCCAGCUUGCUAAAUUCUCUGAGGAUACUCUAAGCAGCUACACCGAAGUGGUUUCCUCCCAGGAGAUGCUGCGUUGUGUGUGGAGACACCUGGUUGGCGUCCUAAAAGGAGAGUCUCAGACACUCUGCUAUACCUCCAACCUUUUACACAUUUUGGGAUCCGUCACUGUGCUGUGUUGUGUGGACAAACAGGGUAUCCUGUCAUGGCCCAACCCCAGUCCAGAGACUGUGCUGUUCUUCAGUGGACGGGUUGAACCGCCUCACAACAGCCAGGACGAUCUCAGAGACGACCUCUCUGUCAACUCCUACUGCCGAGUGGAGACAGAUGAUGACAGGGAUGAGGCCGGGGAGGUGCAGGCCCUGCUCUGUCUCCCCGAGUCCUCCACCCAGCUGGGGGAGGGGCCUGACCAGAGCGAGACCUCACAUGACACUAUCUGCUCAUCUGACACACCCCGGCUACGGCAUUCAGUUCAGCCCACUGCCGGUCGCACCAAACACCACUCUGGAUCCAAUGUGAGCUUCAGCCAUGACACUGAGGGAGGGGAGGACGACCAGGCUCAGAACUUUCAGGGCUGCCCAGAGGCGGAGGCGGACGACUUUGUGUGUGACUACCACCUGGAGAUGCUGAGUCUGUCGCAGGACCAGCAGAACCCAGCCAGCAUCCAGUUCGACGAUCUCUCCUGGCAGUGCCACCUGCCCUCCCUCAAGCCGCUGGGCCUCAACAUUAUGCUGAACCUCUGUAAUGUCAGCGUCACCCAGCAGCUCUGCCGCUUCUCUGACCACCUGUCGAACCUGGCCCUGCAGGAGAGCAACGGCACGGUGCUGCCCGUCUACGUACCCUGGGGGCUCUGUGAACUCUCCAGGCUCAUAGGAUUCACUCCCGGUGCAAGGGAGCUGUUCAAGCAGGAGAACCACCUGGCUCUGUACCAGCUGCCAUCUGGAGAGAAAACCAAAGAGUUCACCUCCCGCCACCUCCAUUAUUUCAUCAAACGCCAGCCUCCCAUGUCACACCUCAUCUCUCUGUUCGUACGAGACGCCUCCUCCAACAAUGUCCAGAUGCUGUCACAUGGCUCGGCGGACCUUAUCUUGGAGUCCUGCACUGACUUCUGGGAUGGAACUGAUAUCUACCCUUUAUCAGGUUCAGACAGAAAGAAGGUUCUGGACUUCUACCAACGUGCCUGUUUGUCAGGUUACUGCUCAGCCUUUGCCUACAAACCCAUGCAAGUGUCAUUGUCAAGCCAACUAAAUGGGAAAUGUGUAGAGCUGGCUCCCGGCCCCUGCCUCUUCUCUGGAGUGGAACUACCCUCCACCACCCCCAUCAAACACAACUCCUACAGGAACAGCUGGAGCUCAGAUGAGGGCAUAGGCGAGGGUGUGGAGCGUGAGGACUGUGUUCAGGCCCUGAGCGGCCAGAUAUUCAUGGGAAUGGUGUCGUCUCAGUUCCAGGCCAGGCUGGACACAGUCCGGCUUAUUGAUGCCCUGGUCACGGCUUGCAUCCGCUUUGUUUACUUUUCUAUGGAUGACGAGCUCCGCAGCAAGGUGUUUGCUGAGAAGAUGGGUUUAGAGACCGGCUGGAACUGCCACAUUUCUCUGACUCCAAACGGAGACAGUCCCUGCAACGGAGCUCCGUCCAGCCCCGGUCAUGGCUCUCUGCGCGACGACCUGAACCAAGAUUCUCGGGAUGAAGCAGAGGGUCCGUUGCUGCCAGAGGAGGAAGCCCACUCUGACCUGGCCAGUUUCCAGCCCACAGACAGUGACGUGCCCAGUUUCCUGGAGGACUGCAACAGGGCCAAGCUACCUCGUGGUAUCCACCAGGUCCGACCUCAUUUGAAGAACAUUGAUAAUGUGCCUCUUUUGGUGCCACUCUUCACUGACUGCACCCCUGAGACCAUGUGUGAGAUGAUGAAGAUCAUGCAGGAAAACAGGGAGGUUACGUGUUGUCUGGGGAGCUCCGCCAAUUUCCGCAACAGCUGCCUGUUCCUACAGAGUGACCUCAGCAUUGCUCUGGACCCCUUGUACCCGUCUCAGUGUUCGUGGGAGACAUUUGGCUACGCAACUGGAGGAGGCUUUAAUGGGGACGCCGAAGGUCUGACUCCUCUGAGGCUCUCUGGACAGCUCAACAGUCUGGGCUGCUCCGUUACCUUCCACCAAGGGGAGAGCGUUAGCAUGAUCAAGCUCAUAGAGCAGGCACGACACACGACCUACGGCAUCCGCAAAUGCUUCCUUUUCCUGCUGCAGUGCCAGCUCAGUCUGGUCAUCAUCCAGUUCCUAGCCUGUCUGGCUCAGCUUCCUCCACCAAUGAACACCACUGACAUUCUCUGGCUGUCCUGCUUCAGCUGCCCACUUCUGAGUGUAUCACUUUUGGGGAAACCUCCAGACUGUUCAGUAAUGGCUGUGGCCACAGGGAAAAACCUCGAUGCCAUUCCAAGAAAGACCCAGAACUACUUCCUUGGCUGCUUCCUGUUGAAGUUUGGUCUGACGGUGUGUGCCUACCUGGUGGCCUUUGCGUUUACACUGCAGGAGGUUUGUCUCAGAAGCACCGACAUCAUCUUUGCUGCUGACAACACCACUGUCACCUGCCUUCACAUAUUCACAGCCAGCUCUUCAGAUGAGGCUCCUCACUGGUUCAGUGAGCUGUCAAAUGGCCUGCUGCUGACUCAGAAGGUCAUGGCAGGGUUCCUCGUCUUACACACAGUGGUGAUCUCCCUCAGCUAUGUCCACCGCUCUCAGCCUUUGUGGAGAAAGAGUCCGUUCAGCAACAUCUGGUGGUGUCUCACUGUACCUGUGGUUCUGCUCAGCCAGAUCGUCCAGGCCUCGGUAGAUUACCAACUGUGGCGCGACCGGCGCAGCUCCCUGACCUUUGACCUGCGAGACAUACCGCUGCUGACCUGGGUGCUGGUCUCUGUGUCGCCGCUGGUAGUGGUGGUGGUCAACGAAGUGGUGAAGCUUCACGAGAUACGGGUGCGAGUUCGCUACCAGAAGAGACAGAAGCUACAGUUUGAAACAAAGCUGGGAAUGAACUCUCCAUUCUGAUGCCUUUACUCCCAAGGAAGCCAACGUCAGGGUAAUUACUAGGAACCAGGCAGGAAACCGGUGAAUGGCAGGGUGCAAACGCUGGGGUGCCCACUGUUAUCACUUCAGCCCAGCAGCACCGCAACCAGCAGGUGGAGCAGGUAUCAACCAACCAAACUUAACAGUGGGAGAGUCCGUUAUCUGAAGAGCGGGUACAAGAUUGUUUCAACGAAUUCAACCCCAGCGAACACAAAAAGACCCACAGACGGUUUACUGUCUGCUUUUAGUUCAUUUUAAGAGGCAUGAGGAAUGUUUUCUGAAGAAUGUUUUGUACUUCCUCACUAUCACCUCUGUUUUUAAGACACCCAUGAAUGGUCCGCUCAUCCCUAGGAAGGUUCCAGAUUCCAAACCGUUGACUAAAAGCUUGUUGUUAGUGUCAUCCUGUCCGACACAUUGAAUUGUGCCAUAUCAUUGGCCAAGUCCAGCCUUCAUUCGGUUCAACUUAAUAUUAGUGUGUUUUAAUCCGAAAUUAUUGAAACAGGAUUGAAAAAGAAAAAGUAGCCCGGAAAUAUGGAGGCCCAGUAAUAAUAAGAAUAACAAAUCAAUAAGAUAAAUUUCUUUAGAAACAUCAAUGAAACAUUAAUUAUAUAAAUGUUAAUACCUCAUCAGCAGAAUUUUGCUGGAGAUCAUUACAAAUGAGAAAAUAUACAUAUUUAAAAUAGGUCCUCUUUCAUAUCCCUCCUGUUCUUGUCAUAUUUCAUGACAGCGGUGUCGUCCCCACACGCUAAGCUCUCAUCCAAUCAAAACCCCCUCUGUCCGUGAAGGAAGACGGAUGAACCACUGCCGUCGGGUUGAAGUCAGACACUGUAUUUUCUUGUUAGCACAUAUUUAGCUGCUGCUGUAAACAAACAGACAUACCUCACUGGCUAACUGGCGAGGAAGAGUUAUGCUCCUGGUUUAUUGUGAAGUGGUAAAUCUGUGUUCGAGUGCUCCGAGGUAUUUUUUGUUAGCUACGCUCCAACUUGUUGAAUCUGGUGGCCUUCGUCUAGCUUUCUAGUUGAGGGAACAGAAGGCACGUGAUUGGAGACUGGUGUAUUAUGUCAUCAUCACCAUCAGGUAAAAUGAUUAUGAAAAAAAAAUGGAUACAAUAAAAAUCAGUAUAAAAAUAUUACUAGACAGAGGGCAUCUCUGUAAUAAAGUAAAAAGGACACCCAAUCCAAUUUCUUUAUUUUAUUAUAAUUCUUUAGCUAGAAAAGGAAACUCCAUUGAUAAGAAUAUUAAAAUAAUAUUUAUCAUAGUAAUGAGUUGAGUUUUAAUGAAUGAUUUAUUUAUAUUUUUUAUAAAAAUCUCAGUUCAAAUAUGUGUUUACACAAAUUUGUUUAUAUGGUAAUUUAACAUGAAAGAUGUUUCAAUUUAUUUAAUAUCAGACAAUUAGUGGUUCCAUGUACAACACAGGGGAGUCUACAGGACAUGGUGUGACACCAGCUGUGGAAACAUUUUGGGCUCUGGAACUUUCUGGGUUGAUGCAUUUCAGCCCAUCGGGCCACGUUUUAAUCUUCAGUCUUGCAGCCUGCGAGACACUGUUCUCUCUUUAUUGUAUCUUGUAACAAACGCUCGUUGUUGUGACUCCGUUUCUGAGCGAAGCCUUAGUCAGAGCUGCCGGGACACGAUGAGGAAAGAAGAUUAAAGGACGAACGGGAUCCACCGCAUCGGACGGACAUGCAGUUUGAUUAAGUGGCAGCAUGUUGCUUUGAAUGUAGGCAGCUGUCGGCCACGCAGUGAUCUCAGAAAGUCCCCUCCCAUGAGUCUGUGUAUAUAUAACCAUGUUCGUCCUGGUGUCCUACCAAACCAGAAUCAUCUGAAAGGUGCUUCAUGAUAUCCAGUCGCAGUCCCUCGCAGCCUCUCUGCCUGUUCCAUCCCUCAACACCUCCACACAUUUGUUGGCACUUCCCCAGAUUUUAUAUUUGACCUGCUGCACAGUGUGCUCCACGGAUUAAGAUUUCCUUCAGUAUCCCUGUUAAUCUGCAGCCGUCGACGUUGCCCGCUGUCCUUAAUGAGGCCAGUUGAAGUGGACCCUCGGCAGCAGACGUCCUUAUCGCUGUCGUUGUUUUUCAAUCAGACCAGCUGUCUGUGUGGUGCUGUCAUUGUUUCCGAAGGGCAGGAUUUUAAUAUGCAAGUGGGUUGGCAGUAUUUAUUGGUAGUACAUUACUUAAGAGAAUUGAAUACCAGCUGUUUUUACACAUUUGGAACAAUGAAGGUCAUUUUUUUGACAAUGCCACAUUAACCUCAGGGCUCGGGCAAAAAAUGAGCCUCUGGGACCCAAAGUGAUCAGUUUCUCUAUUUAUUCACACAAAAUCUUAUAUAUCCCAACAUAUAAUAAUAUCUUUUUUUUAUAUAUAUAUAUAUAUGUUAAUAAUGCUGGAACCAAGAUACAUUUACAUAUUAGGUGUCAAAAAUGUACCUCCGCUUUUAAAAUAUUACCCACUGAAAGAAACAAUUGUCACAUAGGAUUUGAUUCACAUCACAGUUACAGAUAUUUCUGAACAUACUCGCAGUCAAUGAAAAGACUUGAGGGACACAGUGAACCUGGGGGUCUGGGGGUCUGCUCAGGUCUGUCCAGCCUCGACUGUUGGCCGCUUUAGGUGAAGAUCAGUCUCAAGACUGUUUAAUGAAAAGUGAGGAGGCUCGGGUCACGUCCUCUAUCAUUUUCACUGGGAAUUUUGUCUUUGAUUUCACAAUUGAAAAAUACUCAAUUAAAAAUUGAAUAUUUUACCCCUCUCUGUGGAUUGUAAACUGAAUAUAUUUUUAAUUUGACUGCUUUUUGGCCAAUAAAGAAGAAAUGAAGAAUUUAGCUUUUCCCCGCCAGAAUGUUAUUACUGGUAGUGUGGCGAAGGUUUUGGGAAUUAAUAAAAGAAAAAAUUGCAGACGAUAUAACUGAACACCUAGAUUUAUUUUUUUCUAUUAAAUAAUUAUACAGUUUUCCAGUUUUUUUUACGGAUUGUGGUGGGGAUUUGGACUUGUGACCUCAGCCCUGUUUGACCCGUGUGCUCACACAACAGUCUGUUGUAAUUAUUCCAUGGCUACAGAUGCUGUUUAAAGUGAUACGUCUAAACUGGGGCUCUGUGUUUAUAGGUACAGGUAAACGUGUGCAAAAGCACAAUAUGAUUGUCUGCUUUUACAGAACGUAUGUACUCGUGUUUCACAUUCUGGAUGGACGGGGAUCUGCUGGUGAUGGUUGUAAGAAAAACAUGACAAUGCAAGAAAACGGUUGUGAUUUUUUUUGCCCGCUUGCCCCGUUUCCCCCGUGUUAUGUAAACUUUAUUGGUUGAUAUCAUGACAAAACAUAUGACCUGUGCUGCAUGAACACGAUCCAGGUGAAUGCUCUGUCUUAACCAUUGUACUGUACAUGUAAUCUAUAGUUCUACAGUUUGGUUCCAAACAAAGCAUGCACUUCACACUGUAUGUGACCAGGCCUCCGGUGCAACAUUGUGAUAACGUCGCCAUGCAGAGGCGAGGAGCUGACGCCUCUGUCCGCGGCCUGUUGGCUGAUGGACUAUGACACGUAAAUGUAUAUUUUGUAUUUUUUAAAAUUGUAUAUGUUCAGGACUUUUUGGCAAAUUUGUUUGUAUAUUGAUUAUGUCAUGUUAAUAAAUAUGUUCUUUUAUUUA